AUGCACAAUGCUGUUCCAGCAAUCGCGGCAUGUGGCGUAAGUCCCAUUGUACGCAUACCAGAUAACCAAGGCUGGAUGGUCAAGCGCGCCCUAGAUACCGGAGCUCAUGGAGUUAUCGUUCCUCUACUAUACACAGUCGAAGAUGCGGUCAAGCUCGUCAACAGCGCCAAGUUCCCUCCCGAAGGCCAACGAGGAUUCGGCUCCCCGUUCCCCAUGGAGAGAUUCCACCCCUCCCUCACCUCCGCCGACUAUCUAACACAAGCGAACUCCGCGCUACUAACCAUAGUCCAAAUCGAGACGCUCUCAGCCCUGCAGUCCGUCGAAGCCAUCGCCGCGGUCCCCGGCAUCGACGUCCUGUUCGUGGGACCCUUUGAUCUGGGGAACAAUAUCGGGCAUCCGAUCAUCAACGGUGUGAUGCAUGAGGAUCUGCAUGCGGCGAUCAAGAGGGUGCUGGAUGCGGCGAAUGGGGCGGGGAAGAAGGCGGGCAUCUUUUGUGUUAGUGGGGAGCAGAGUAAGAUGUAUGCAGAGAUGGGGUUCCAUAUGAUUUCGGUGGCGACUGAUACGUUGAUCUUGCAGGCGAGUGUUAUGGGGGCGCUGGGGAAGGCGAAAGGGAUGGGGCCGGGGGAGAAGUUGCAUGGUCCUUAUGGGAAGUAG